CCAUGAAUUAAAAAAAAAGAAGGACCGAUCCUGAAAAUUAAAAUACUUAUUUUUUUUUUGUAAAAUGUUGUCUAAUAAACAAACUAUUCAUACGAAAUCAUUUAUAAGAAAUAUUCGGUGUUACUGUGAUGUCCUUCCGUCCAGUGAAACAAAAAUUAUUCGACGGAAUAAGGCAAAAGUGUCAAAUAACCUAAACUCUGGAAAAGAUUUAAAAAACAUAAAUGUUUCCAGUGAAUUUAGAGUUAACGAAGUCAAUAUUCAGAUGAUAUCACGGAAUAUAUAUCGACAGUUAUUUAAAAACCCCAGUCCUGUCAUCGACAAGAGUACAAUUGAGAGUUGCCAAAAUAAUCUAAUUAAGCACGGUAUUAAUUAUAAAGAACACCAUCAUCUUCCUGAUGUAGAAUUGAAACUUCCAAAACUUGAAGGCGAUAAUGUGCUUGAACAUUUUCAUAAUAUUGGUGAGAAACAAAGUGCACCAUACAGAGAAAGAAUGAGGAAAUUGGCGGAGGCAAAAUUACCACCACUGCCUUUAAAAUGGGCCAAAUCAGUUGGCUGGUGUAAAUAUAUCGGCGACAUACCUCAUGCAGUGCCCUGUCCUUCUGAUGACGCCUUAAUAUUUGAUGUAGAAGUGUUAAUGUCAGCUGGGAAAAGACCAACAUUAGCAUGUGCGGUGUCUUCUGAACACUGGUAUUCAUGGAUAAGUGAACCUCUUGCCAAUGGAGACAACCAUAAGUAUUAUGAUUCUGUUAAUUAUAAUGACUUGAUACCCUUAGAAACUGAUGGUAUGAGUCCAUGUGGAAACUUAGAUAGACCAAGAAUUAUAGUUGGUCAUAAUGUGUCCUAUGAUAGAUCUAAGAUCAAAGAACAGUAUUGGUUGGACAAAACCGGGGUCCGUUUUAUGGAUACUAUGUCAAUGCACACAUGUGUAAGUGGUGUCACAAGUUACCAAAGAACGGUUUUAAAAUCCAAAACCAAAGAGAGCGACCCCAGUGACGAUGACUGGAUGGCAAUCAGCUCACUCAACAAUCUCAGUGAGAAACUGAUGCAGUACUGUGCCGGGGAUGUUGUUGCGACACAUAAUAUAUUGAAGAAUCUAUUGCCUUUAUUUUUGGAGCGAUUUCCUCAUCCAGUGACCUUAGCUGGAAUGUUAGAAUUAGGUUCAGCAUAUCUUCCGGUGAAUUCGAACUGGUUGCAAUACUUAGAUUCAUCAGAAACAGUAUUUGAAGAUUUGAAGCUAGAAUCUAGACAAUUGCUUUCACAAAAAGCUGACGAAGCUUGCCGUCUCAUGCAUAAUGAAGCUUAUAAGAAAGAUUUGUGGAUGUGGGACCAAGACUGGUCAACGCAGAAGUUAAAAUUAAAGAAGCAUGUAACAAAGAAAAAAGAUCCCAUCAUAAAGUCUGAAAUAACUCUUGAGAAAACUGAAUCUUCCAAAUUUGAAGAAGAACCAACCAUUUUGUGUCAAGAAUACAUAGAUUAUGUUAAAUUUAAAAAUAAAUUACCAGAAAAUAAUGAAGAAGAUGUGGAGUUAUUAAAUAAAAAGUUUAGUUACCUUUAUGAAUUAGGCGAAAUGCUACCUGUAAAAAGGCCGUAUCUUGCUGGCUACCCGGCGUGGUACAGAAAACUUUGUACAAAACCUGGAAAUUCUGACUGGAUGCCAGGUGCUAACAAUAUCACAACUAGUAUGCAGAUAACUCCUAAACUCCUUCGUCUUUCUUGGGAAGGCUAUCCUCUUCACUAUAUUCAGUCAGAAGGCUGGGGUUUCCUUGUCCCGUUCAGUAGGAUACAGAAAGAGGCAGAAAAUGAGCCUGUUCUACCUCUGGAACAAUUGUUAUUAGCUUGUCCUAUGGCUUUCUACAAGGAGAGUGAUAUUGAAACUGAUGUUCAUAUGUUACCAAAGACUGUUGAGGAAGAUCUGGGACGACGUGCCUACUAUGCUAGAAAAAAAGUUGACGAGCAGGCAGCGGCGAACCAAUAUCAUGGUCUUGGAGUUUGGAGCGGUAUUCAAAUACAAGGAUGCUGUCACUUUCUAAGGUUGCCUCAUAAAAAUGGUCCGAAAUACAAAGUAGGUAAUCCAUUGGCGAGGGAUUUUUUGGAUAUGUUCAGUCAGAACGUUUUGACGGCACAGGGCAAUGCGGCAGAGAAGGUACUGACGUUCGGUCGUAUGAUGUCGUACUGGCGUAACAAUAGGGAGCGUAUCAUGAGCCAGCAGGUAGUGUGGUUACCUGAGGAGUUGUUGCCGGUACAACUUCGCACCAGUAUGAGGAAAUAUGGCGCGAUUGUACCACAGGUAGUCGUCUGUGGAACACUCACUAGACGAGCCAGUGAACCCACUUGGAUGACGGCUAGUAAUGCUCAUAAAGAAAGAAUAGGUUCUGAACUGCGUGCCAUGGUGCAAGCCCCGCCCGGGUACAAGUUCGUUGGAGCUGAUGUAGAUUCACAGGAGCUCUGGAUCGCAGCUUUACUGGGCGACAGUAGUAUAGGUUUGUGUGGCGGCACCGCCUUCGGUUGGGCCGUAUUAGCCGGGGACAAGGCUAACCGUACAGAUCUCCACUCCCUCACCGCCACCGCCGCCGCCAUAUCGAGAGAUCACGCUAAAGUCAUCAACUAUGCAAGGAUAUACGGUGCCGGUCAAAAUUUUGCGGAAAGACUUCUGAAACAAUUCAAUCCUACAAUGACGACAUCAGAAGCGAAGAGUAAAGCACUGAAGAUGUUCACCACUACUAAAGGACGGAGGGUGUAUACACUCAAGAAAAAGUUUAGUGAAGGGUUCAUAGAUGGCGACGACAAUGAUCAGGUAGUUGAAAUGACGGGUUACCAAGCGAAGCGGCUCGCCAAAAUGAGUGGGAAACGAAUCGAGGAAAUGUUCGAACGACCCAAGUGGGUGGGAGGCACCGAGUCUGAUAUGUUCAAUAAACUGGAGGAGAUUGCCGAUUCGGAGACUGCUUGCACGUCGUUCCUGUCGGGUAGAUUAUCUCGCGCGCUGGAACAUUCCAUGGGCAGAUGGGGGGGCACUCGUCUCAACUGGGCGGUGCAGAGCGCCGCCGCUGAUUUCCUACACCUCAUGCUCGCCAGUAUGGCCCAUUUAGCACCACAAGCUAGGUUUUGUCUCAGUUUUCAUGACGAGGUGAGGUAUAUGGUACCUGACAAGCAAAAGUAUGAGACGGCGUUGGCGCUACAAAUCACUAACCUUCUGACGAGAGCGUUUUGUUCACAGAGAGUGGGUAUCAACGAUCUACCAUUGUCAGUAGCAUUCUUCACUUCAGUGGAAGUGGACCAAGUUCUGCGAAAAGAGUCGAAUCUAUGUUGCACUACACCCUCGAAUCCCCAUGGAAUGGAGAAAGGCUUUGGGGUACCUAACGGAGAAUCUUUAAAUAUUUUUGCAGUACUGAAUAAAUGUAAAAACCAAUAAAUAAUUGAAACUGUGUUUUUUACUUUCUACAUAUCUUUAAACUAAAAAAAGAGAUUUUUUUUAUUUUACACUAUA